AUUCAAAAGUUGGUCAUGUUACUAUAAAGCGUAGUUUUCCUGAACCAUAACUAAAUGAUUACAAGUCUCAUCAGGUCAAACUACAAGAUAUGAACAUGCAAUAGACCCGGGACACAAGAGGAAACCAGUAAAACGUAUGUUAUCCUCUACGCAUGCGCACUGAAAACAGAAUAUCGAGCCGCCCUUCCUCCCCGCCAGCUCGCACCGCAGGGUCGGGCGGACAUCGACUCACAACAACCCAGAGUUAAUUUUACCAUCUAUUUGGAUAUUUCCAGAGAUAGAAUGGAGAGCCCGCAUCGCAUCGAGGACGAGUUGAAUCUCCUGCUGCCGUCCCUUCGCCUCUUCAUACCCCCGCUGCGCCUGGUGUCUGCAGCCAUGUGGCAGGUGGUCCAGAGGGGAAACGUGCAGGACUAUAGCAUGGUGGAGGAGUUCAUCAGCACCGUCUCAGACAUCGUACCGGAACUUUUGAAUGCCGAUCAGAGAGCUCAACUCCUCCUCGGCCUCAGAGCUCGGGUGGUACUUGAAUUGUGUCGGGCCGAGCAGAUAACAGACAUGGAAACCAUCGAGAUGCACCUGGAGCGGAUCAAGACCCUUAUUUCCACAUGGGCAGCACAGCCUUGUUUUGCAGAAGUUGAAUUUCCAGAAUCCAACUUUGUCGACCAAGUGGAGUUGCUGUUGAAAGACGCCGAAGAGAGGGAGAAGUUUUUCCAGGAUGUUUUUCCGACAGAUUUUGGACCUGACUACGACAGCGCUCUGCAGGUGUUAAUGCUGGAUUUCCUCUCCAGAGUGGAGAAACUUCUUCCAGUGCCGGACAUUCAGCAGACUGCAUCCAUGCUCAGCGCUGUGCCGUCUGCUCUGGAGGAGUGUGUCCACUCAGUGCCAGACCCACGACACCUGAAAACUGUGCUCCUGCACCACACAACUCUCGGACACUUUGAUCUAUCCGAUGAAACUCAGACCAUUCCUUCGUCCUUUGGAAACUGCAUCCUCUCCUCCCUCUCCCUCCCUCAACUGGAGAAGGUUGUGAUCGACACAGAACAAAUCCAGCUGCAGGCUCAGGCUGAGCAGAUGCACGCAGGUUGCAUGACGGUCCAGGUGGAGGGAGAGACUGUGACACUGCUGGACUACAUACAGAUCGAGCAGCCGUCAGGUUUGGUCGAGGGUGACGAUCAGGAAGAAGAAGAAGAAGAAGAAGAAGAAGAGGAGGUACUGGAGGAGGAAACCGCAGGCGAGGACGUCGAAGAAUCUCUAAAGCCGGCCGCUUUCCAGCCGCUGAAACAAAGCAAACGUCUGCAGUUAAAGAGAAAAGCGUUAAACGAGGAGAAAGACUUAAUGAUGGAAAAGAAACAACGGAAAAAAUACCCAAGCAAUAAAAUAUGUCCGGUGUGCAAUAAGAACUUCCUGCGCGCCGCCGCCAUGAGACGACACCUGGAAACUCACUCAGCCAACCGGGAUCUCAAGUACAAGUGUGCCAACUGCGAUAAGAAGUUCAGGGAUCUUUACGACAUGAACCGACACAACAUGCGCGUUCACGAGAAAGAAGACGCGAGCGUCAACGCCAAAGAGGAGGACUCGAUCGACCCGGGCACUUCGGACACGUCGGAAAACAAAAACUGUGCCCUGUGCGGGAAGUAUUUCGCCCGCCAAGUGGACAUGGAGCGCCACAUGAAGUCCCACUCGGAGGACCGCCCGUACAACUGCUGUUUCUGCGAGAAGAAGUUCAAGAACCCGUACGUUCUGAAGAGGCACCAGAAGGAGAUCUGUAAGAGCAGAGAGCUGAAAAGGCCGAAGAAGAGGGAGACGCAGCGCCCCAAUCCGCAGCCGGCGUCCGAGGGGGUCGCGGAGGGCAAAGUGUGUCCCAUCUGCAGCAGGGUCUUGCCUUGCACCGCCGAUAUGGCGAAGCAUUUACGGUCGCACACGGAGGAGCGUCCCUUCAUCUGCAUCACUUGCGAGAAAGGCUUCAAGUACAAGGACACGUUGAAGAAGCAUCAGAUCAUCCACGGUCACGAGGGGAUCCGGGAGGAGCAGAGCAAGACUUUGGAGCAGAUCCUGGCCGACGCUGAGACUCAGAAUUUGGGCGACGCGGAUGAACUCGAUAAGAAGGAGAACAAUCCGGAUGCGGCCGCAGAAGGGACUUCUGAGCAGGCGGCGGGAGUCCAAAAAGUCAACAAAAAAGCUCUGAAAGUGUGUCCGGUGUGCGCGCGGGCCUUCGACAGCGUCAAAACUCUCAACAGGCACAUCCAGUGUCACACAGAGGAGCGGCCGUAUCACUGCGUCCACUGCAAGAAGCGCUUCAAACACAUGCACGGCCUGAAGAGGCACCAGAUUUACGCCAUCUGCCACCGGAAGAUCGCGCGAUUCACGUGGAAAAGGGAGCUGAGGGCGGGGCCGAGCCAGACCGAGGCGACGAGCGACGCCCAGCAGACGCCGGCUCUGAAAGUCCCCGUGUGGUGCUCGAACUGCGGCAAGCAUUUUGAAUACCUCUCCGCUUUAAAGGAGCACCAGGAGAACGUUUGCAAAGUGGACUUGAGAGAAAUCAUGAAAUGCAACGACUGCGACAAAGAGUUCAAGAGCAUGACGAUGCUCAAAGUGCACCAGAGGAUCCACGACCCGCUCUACUGCAAAGAGUGCGGGAAGAUCCUCGCCAACGAGCCCGCCUUCGAGAGGCACAAGCUCAUGCACCGGCCGAUGCAGUGCACGAUGUGCGACAAGACUUUCACCCUGCUGAGGCGCCUGCGGGAGCACUACGAGAAGCAGCACAGCUUCACCGGACCAUAUCCCUGUCCUCAGUGUGAGAAAUCCUUCAUCACGCUGUCCUACCUCGCCAUCCACCAAAGAAUCCACAAAGGGGAGUUCCCUUUCUCAUGUAGUCUGUGUCCCGAGAAGUUCAGAUCCUCCAACUGUCUCACGGUUCACCUGAGGAAGCACACCGGGGAGAAACCCUUCCUGUGCUGGCAGUGCGGGAAAAGCUACCGCUCGGCCUCGGAGCUCACCGUGCACAUGGGGACCCACUCGGAGGAGAAGCCGUGGGCGUGCACUCAGUGCGACAUGGCGUACCGCACCAAGCUGCAGCUCACCAACCACGUGGAGCAAAUCCACAUCGGCGUGCGGUAUCCCUGCAACAGCUGCGGGAAGCAGUUCAUGAAGGAGACGUCGCUGAAGAGGCACGAGCUCAUUCACUCGGGCGAGCGGCCGCACCAGUGCACCGUGUGCGGGAAGACCUUCCUGACGGCCAACGAGCUCCGCCUCCACAACCGCUACCACACCGGGGAGCGGCCGUACAAGUGCGAGGUGUGCGGGAAAGCCUUCAUCCAGUCGGGGUAUUUGAAGUCGCACAUGCGCAUCCACACGGGAGAGAAGCCGUUUAAAUGCGACGUCUGUGACAAAAGCUUCAGGUUGUCGUAUCACAUGAAGAAACACCAGCGCACUCACAGCGGGAAGCCGAAGAGCUACAUAUGCGAGGAGUGCGGCCUCGCCUUCCUCCAUAAAAAGUCUCUGUGGGAACACUCGCUCACUCACGACGUGAAAAUUGAGCAACCGUUUGCAGAGGAAGUGAGAAUAGAGUAUCAAUAGAGGGAAACAUGCGGGUAGUUUUUUUUAUUUUAAAUCCAAGAUAUAAAAAUAUAAAGACAGUUCUGAGCUGGUAUCAUGGUCAGCAAUUUCUUUAUUAUUAAUGAGCUCUUUGUUGUUUCAUUUUGACUCAUUUUUGUACGUUUCAGUUCUGGAUUCUCACCUUCUGUGAAGCAGAUGGAUGAACUGUAAGGCAUGUAAAUAAUGAACGCCAAUAAAUAACUUCUACUUACACGA